AUGACUUUGCUCGCGAUGGGAUAUGACUUGGGACAUUACCUCGAUCCUUCGUCCGGCCAGACCGCGGUUGGGCCUCACGAUGGCUGCGAGUACUCCGUACCCUUGCUUAUUCUGACGUCACAGCAAAUUAGCACGGGCCCACGGUGGAGCAAGGAAGAGACCAUUGCAUUGCUCUUCUUACAGACAGAAUAUCCGUACUUUCGUUGCCUGAGCACUUUCGCCACUUCCACUUCCCUCACAGAUGCUGGACUGGACGAUUGGACUCCCCCAGAUAUGUACGAACGUGGAGAUAUUGUUCUUACCAACUUGCAUGCGAUGGCCAUCGUUCACCACAUCAGUGGUGGGUACCUGAGGAGGAGGUACCUGCCUGGGCCUAGACAGUCUAGACCCCCCGUUCCUGUCGCAACUCCACAUCUGAUCCCUGCUCAUACUUCCCUCCGCUGGAUUCUGGUGCGCCCGGAGCGCCGACAACCACCUACGAAGUACCACCGCUGGUUCCAGUUGUGGUUCUUCUCUCUCUGCAUCUGCACUUUUCCAUCGGCUUUCACACUGCAGCUCCAUUUCCCCAUAGGCAUAGGUCUUCUUCCCUUCGUCGGCCUUCUUUCAAGGGUCUUGCAUCCCAUCACGAAUAUCGCCAUAUGCCAAAACGAUCAGUUCGACUCGUCACGGCAUUUCAACCCUUUCUUCUUUCCCUCGGCGGCCUCUCGCUUCCCCAUUCCGUCAUAUACCCGUCCAAUCGUCAGCGGCGCCUGUAUCAUAACCAUCCCGGACGCCUUUCGAGAUGCCGCCGGUCGUCAGGUCUCUCUCCUGAACGAAGAGCCGCAAGGAUCCCAUGGUCCAGGACUUCAGCGCCUUAGCUAUCAUGUCGCAAGCCAGGUCAUAUCACAGCCAUACCAUCCCUUCUCCGCCCGAAGUAGUUCUUCAUCUAUCCCCAACACGCCAGAACUCCUCCGAUCAGACUCGUACGACUCCAACAUGAGCGCAGGCCCCAAGUCUCCUUUGACUCCCACCACAUACGAGUACGCUCACGGUCACAACCUAGUACCAUUGGUAGGGGGUUCGCCCGACGAGUUCGAAUUGCCAGCUAAGAGGCCGCUGGGGCUCUCUGCCAGUAGGUCCAACUCGUACGACGAUGAGCCAUCUCCUGCCAAUUCGGUGCCGGACGGCAGAGCAGGGAAGAGAUAUCCUUGCCGUUACCGAGAGACCCACGGAUGCGAGAAAACUUUCACAACUUCAGGCCACGCCUCACGGCACUCCAAGAUUCACACGGCUGAGAAAGCCGUUCAAUGCACCUUCCCCGGCUGCCAGAAAAAAUUCACUCGGGCAGAUAACAUGAAGCAGCACCUCGAGACACAUUACAAGGACAAGUCCCGGCCAAUGGGGUCUGUGAAGACUUCAGCCCGCAGCUCUGUCGGUGGUGUAUCGGCGUCCGCACGGCGAUCUUCGUCAACGUCUUCAUCGUCGUCCGCCAGGACGUCAACACACGCGCGAUCAGUCCUAGACAGAAGCCCCUGGGAUAUGGAGCCCUACAGCUUUGCGCCUACCAGCGCCACGUCGGUCACCUCGACGAGCCCAUGGGACCUGCGCGGGUUGAACGGACCUCUUAUGAGCCGGCACAGCGCCGCACGCACUCCCAGUAGCGGUCUCGAUGCCCUCGCCAUGGCCGUGGCUUGUCAAGAAAAUCUCAUUUCCGCACACUUUUAUAUUGUCCGGCCUCCUUGGUGCGGCGCACCGAUCCCUGUGGUCACCUGCAAGCGAUUUUGCGUCUCACGUCUUUGGUCUCUCUUUUCAUACCGCUCUCACAUUACGUGCGCAAUUCUUUGCAUGCCUAGAGUCGAUUUGGGCGAUCUGCAGGCGAUGAUGCUCGACUCGGGCUGGAUCUGGCCGAACCUGCACCCGCACUUUCACGACGCAAUCGGGCAACGAGGGCACAUCAAAAUGUCGGCGUUGGGGUUUUUUACUUGGCACCUCUCCUCCCUCCGAUGCUAUGUUGGGCUCUCGUGAACGACACGAGCUUAUUAUCCCCAUAACAUGGUCUGAUUAGUUACCUUAGGUACCUACCUUGGUACCUUAGAUGG